AUGGAGAAUAGACUUCUUCCUGGUCGAGUGGCAUAUACAGAUGAAUUUAUAAGUGGCGUGGAUGAGUUUAUUAGAUUUGCUUGUAGUCAACAAAAGUACUUGUCCGAAAAAGUCAUAAGGUGUCCUUGUAAGCUUUGUAAAAAUAAGAAGCACUUGAUACCCGAUGAAGUUAGUGUGCAUCUUUUUCAAAAAGGGUUCACACCACGAUAUUGGUAUUGGACAUCACAUAGAGAGAAAGCGCCUUCCAUUAAUUUGAAUGAACAUGUCUAUAGUGCUUCAAGUAGUCAUCAAGGGUAUAGCUUUGACAUGCCUUCCAGCAGUCAAAGUAACAUUCUAGGGGACGACUAUGAACACGUAAAUAGAUAUCAAGGUAUGAUUUAUAAUGCUGCUGGUGUAGAGUUUAGGCAUCAGGUUGAACCCAAUGUAGAAGAGUCUCCGAAUAUGGAUGCUACUAGAUUUUACAAAUUGUUGAAUUCAGCUCAGGAAACCUUAUGGCCUGGAUGUAAAUAUUCGGAGUCAUCUGUGGUAGUUAAAAUGAUGAGUAUUAAAUAUGAAAACAAUAUGUCCCGUGUUUUUUUUAAUUCAAUGGCCCAAUUAAUGAAGGAUACAAGUCAUCCAGAUAAUAAGAUACCUCGUGAUUACUAUCAGGCAAAGAAGCUGGUGUCAGGACUUGGUCUAACUAGUCAAAAAAUUGAUUGUUGUGUUAAUGGAUGUAUGUUGUAUUACAAGGCUGAUAAAGAUAUGACAGAAUGUAAGUUUUGUAAAGAACCCCGUUAUAAAGAAUGUGUGCACAAGAAGGAUAGCAAAAAGGUUCCACACAAGACAAUGCAUUAUCUGCCACUUAUUACUAGGCUUCAACGACUAUAUGCUUCAAUGAGAUCUGCAGAGCACAUGAGGUGGCACUAUGAAAAUCGUAGGGAAGAAGGUGUGUUGUGCCACCCUUCGGAUGGAGAAGCAUGGAAACAUUUCGAUCGAACUUAUCCAGACUUUGUUGUAGAGCCUAGGAAUGUUAGGCUGGUCUUUGUGCUGACGGCUUUACUCCUUAUAGCCAGUCAGCAUCACCAUACUCCUAUUGGCCAGUGA